UGAUCAGAAGGCACUCACGAAAGCUUUGGAAAAUCGAAUCCAGUCACUACGGGAAGGUAUCGAGUCGAGAACAGCGAUGAGCCCUGGUCAGGUUGCGCGCGAAAAGAUCUCGGAGAUCAAGAGGCAAAUCAAGGAAACAGAUGCAGACAGAUCAAGAUUGCUCAAGCUUUUAGGCUCCUUCAUUGACGAGCGAUUGGCUAUACUGCUGGCAGCGGAACAGAUUGGUGGCCCAGUGGCUGGCGACAUGAUGGACGUCGACGCAGAGAUUCUAGAGGCCGGAUUCAGCGCCACAGGCAAGCGAAAGAAGCCCAAAGCAGAUGCUGCGCCAGACAAACGGCAGAGGAGGAUCGACGACAUGUUCGGUGGGGGUCACGGUCGUGAGGUUGAGGGUGAGGGUGACGAGGCUGAACCCGACAGGCGGGCUGCAGCCGGGGACGAGAUGCAGAGGUUGGUCGAGGAGUUGAUGAACAGACUAUUGGCAGCCAAAGGGUCCAGCUCGGAAGCGUAUAUCGAUGUCCCUGAGGAAUCGGCGUCCGUUCGGUUCCUAACCCGAGUCAAAGUGGCUGAAUUCCACCCGCGGGAUUCAAAGCGGCUGAGAUUGGUGGAUUUUGGCAGGGAAAUUGGAGAUUAAAUUGAUUUGGCAGUGGGAUUCUUCUCCAUUACCCAUG